CUGAACAGAAAGAAGCAUUGCAUUUAAAAAGAGAAAGGUAUUUCUGGCUGUCGUACCUAAAGAUAAUGACAGAGUAAGAUGACCCCUCGCGCAAUUUAAACUUAAACUGAAUUAAAAUUGCCAAGUUUAAAGGAAUAAAUGAAGUAAACUAAUGCGACAUGUGCAACCGCACGUGGACUUAACGUUUUGGAUACGAUGGUUGUAUCAGGAACCAAAUUCAAGAAUUGGAUUAAGGCUGGAUUAGGUGUAUUAUUAACUAAAGAAGGUAUUGAGCCUUUUGUUUAUGAUGAAAUAGAACAGUUCCAGCAGAAAUGUUUGAGUGACAUUUGCAACAACAAUGGACUACCUGCUGGUACCACCUGUUCUAGUUGUUGCACAGAAAAUGUUGUUGUUUGCCCUACGAAUAGGAUUUGUAAUGCAAGACGUGGAAAUUGUAACUUCCAUAGAAAUUCUGCCACGCAAUAUCUCCCGUCUGGCUGCCCUAACAAGAUAUGUCAUAAUUUUAAAAACGAGAUCCAGCAUGCACAUCGAUAUUAUGGUCCGUCCUAUAAAAACACUGAUGCUACCCAAUGGUGUAGCAACCCAUGGGAGGUUGCUAAAUGUUUUAUGCCACCAGACGGAUACAAGGAUGCGACGAAAUCUGCAGACACAGAUUUCAAUGGGAUCAUCAGUGUUAUCCUGAACUAUGGAGCAUUUCAGUCGAAAAUUUCCAACAAGAACAAUAUCUUUGAACAGGGUAGAGAGGUAGGCAAAGCAGUUCGACAUUGCCCACAGUUAGAGAUGGAAGAUACAGAUCUGCAACACUGUUUUAGUGUCUUACAGAAUUUGCUGUCAGAUCCUGCAUAUCUGUCUGCUAAUACCGAUGCACAGAAUGCUAAAACGAAAUUAUUACAGCUUCAAAAUGAUACCCUAGUCAUUGGUAAAGACGAUGUCCGGAAAGUGCUUGAUGAUAUUGGUAAAGCAGUUCAAGAUGAAAUAAGGACUGCAAAAGAAGAUUACAUGAAGAAUGCUAAAAUGAAAACGUUACAAAUUAUUAAACUCACAAAAACAUUUGUCAGUACAAUUGACAAACAUGGGAAAGCGUCAAUGUCUCAGUUAGAGAAAGCCUACAAAUCUGCAAUGGAUGAAAUAGAAAAGCAAGCAAAGAAAUCGAUUGAAGACGUCCAGGCUGAAGGAAAAAAACAAAAAGAAGAUAUAGUUGCAGAAGGACAUACUGUGAAGAGACAGUUAGUAGAUGUGGCUGAUCAAGAAGUAAAAAGGUUGAAAACAGAGGCCACGGCUGGAAUUAAUACGAUGGAAGCGGAAGCCAAUACUCAUGUGAAAACAAUAGCAUCCGAAGGAGAAAAACAAAAAGAAGAUAUAGUUGCAGAAGGACAUACUGUUAAGGGAAAGUUAGUAGAUGUGGCUGAUCAAGAAGUUAAAAGGUUGAAAACAGAGGCCACUGCUGGAAUUAAUACGAUGGAAGCGGAAGCCAAUACUCAGGUGAAAACAAUAGCAUCAGAAGGAGAAAAACAAAAAGAAGAUAUAGUGGCAGAAGGACAUACUGUUAAGGGAAAGUUAGUAGAUGUGGCUGAUCAAGAAGUUAAAAGGUUGAAAACAGAGGCCACGGCUGGAAUUAAUACGAUGGAAGCGGAAGCCAAUACUCAGGUGAAAACAAUAGCAUCAGAAGGAGAAAAACAAAAAGAAGAUAUAGUUGCAGAAGGACAUACUGUUAAGGGAAAGUUAGUAGAUGUGGCUGAUCAAGAAGUUAAAAGGUUGAAAACAGAGGCCACUGCUGGAAUUAAUACGAUUGAAGCGGAAGCCAAUACUCAUGCGAAAGCAAUUGCAUCAAAAGCUGGUGAAGUUGCAGAACAAAUAGCUGGAGCAAGAGAUGAAGUAUUAGAGCAGAUUGAGAAGACAAAAACAGAAAGCAAAGAAGAUAUAUACAACAAAUUGAAGAAUGACCUGAGGGAAGAUUUGAUAGGUCUCUACAGAGAAGAGUACCAUACCCUACCACUGUCACCUUUAUUGGAGGAAAAUGACACGCCUCUCCUUGAGUUCUACGUCAUACCAGACAUAGAGUCAGUGGAAAUUCAGAGGGCGCGUGGAGGUGGCAAAGAAAUUAGAUCAAAGGUUACGUCAUUGCAUGAUGUUUUCUACAAGGAAAAUGAACCAUGUCGCAAAAUUUACCUUACUGCGGAUGCUGGGUUUGGGAAAACAGCAUUAAGUAAACGGCUCGUUUUAACGUGGUGUCAAGCCAAAAACUGUAUCCCAAACGAAGAUGAACAUUUUAAGAAGGAAGACAUUAGUACAAUGUCGAACUUUGACUUUGUGUUUUUGUUGUCUUUACGUGAUUGUUCCGAAGAAUGGGACAUUGAUGAGAUGAUCAAAAAACAAAUAACUAAUGAUCUAGCACACACUAUUUCAACUAGUGAUUUUGAAAACAUUCUUUCUAAGGAAAGGUGCCUGAUAAUAUUGGAUGGAUUGGACGAAUUCACACACGCAAAAAAUGACAUUCCACACAGGAAAGCUAGGAGGAAUUGUACAAUUCUCACAACAACUAGACCGUGGAAGUUGGGCGUUAGUAAGAUACGUUCAAGUGAAAUAGAGCGAAAGUUGGAACUUAUUGGACUUAGUAAAACGUCUUCUAAAAGAUUAAAGAGGACUGUGAUCUCACUGUUAUGUGGUAAAACUGACAUAGAAAAACAUAUCCAAGAGUUUGAUCGCGCUAUCAGUGAUAGACGUAUUUCGGAUUUGGAAACUAUUCCGCUCUUACUGAUGUAUCUUUUGUGUUUAUGGUGUGAUGGAAUAGAGCUAGGAGCAUCUAGAACUGAGUUAUAUUGUCAGACUGUUGAACUGCUCCUUAAACGAACGUUUGAAAAAUAUCCCGACAUGCAACAGUCGCGCGAACAGUCCCAGAGUGAUAUCCCACAGUGUUUCAGUGAAUAUGAACAUUGUAAGGAACACUACACAUUUCUGCAAGCUUUAGGACAAUUAGCAUUUGAAACGUUAUUCAGUGAAAACAAAGAAAGCACCCUUGUGUUUAGCCAGUCAGUGACAGAGAAACAUCUAACCCCAGAGUAUUUGAAAUUAAGUCUUAACUCGGGAAUAUUAACACAAAGUACAGAAAAGACACUAACAAAGCAAAUUUCGAAAUUUUCGUUUUCGCACAAAACUGUACAAGAAUUUUUUUGUGCAUUGUACAUUAGCUGUCAAAAUGAAAAUGAUGUCAAAAACAAUGUUCUAAACAAAUGCAAAAGUUUGCAAAGUAUUCUUGAUAUGUCGACAGUGCUUGUUUUCAUCAGCGGAAUGAAUGCAGAAAUCAUUUCUUCAAUAUCACAGGAAUUUCUUUCUGUUAUCAGCGAAGAUAAGAUAACGAGCGAAUACAGAUCCACGACUGACUGGAAGUGUAAACCUCUGAAAGACAUACAAGACAUGUACAUUUCUUGUAUGAAGGAAAACACGAGCGAUAAGGAACUCAAACUUUUCUGUCAAGAUUUUUUCUUUAGUAAAGAUUGUAAAGAAGAAAAAUACUUUACAUAUUUAGCACGGCUCGCGGUACACAAUAAAAAAAACAUGGCGUCAAUAAAUAUCAACACAGACCGUGGUCAUAGUUUACGUGAAAUUAUCGAUUGUUGUGAAUUGCACGAACUGUUCCAGAUCAAUAAAAUAAUAUGCAACUAUAAUAAUGAAAACGCACAGCUUCCUGUACUGUUGGACAAGUCGUCGAAAUGUGUCGCUGUUAUAUCGUCUGUUCUACAUGGUUCUUGGAGCCGUGAAAUGUUGGAAACAUUACAGAAUAAUUCUCUGUUACAAGCAAUUGAUAUCCGGAAUUUCAAGAUGAGCCACGAUGUACUGAAUGACUUUCUGAAUUAUAUUAUAAACAGAAAAACAAUGACGGAGAUUAUAUUGGUGAUGUUAUACUGUACCGAGCACGAGCGUUCGUGUACUUUCAGUUUAGAUUUUAGUCAGCAUUCAGAUCUAAGGAAGUUAGAAUUGUGGUGGAUACCUGAAGUGUCACAAUUGAAAGUUAAUAGUCAAGUGAAACACGUGGUGUUGGUGGAGAUCAAUCUAGGUGAAAGGUCGCUGCCUCCUGAAAUGGCGAAUAUUGAAAGUGUUUAUUUGUCGCGUGUAAACAUGUCUGCUUCAACAUUGCGUGAUCUCGUUAAGGUAGUGGAGAAACUUUCACACAAAGUCACAGUAACAAUAGACGGGUGUUGGAUAGAACCGGAAACAGAGUUUGAACACGUUAAACAAUAUAUACACUCAUCUCAGAAUUUCCCAGUUACGAAGGAUGAUAGCUGGGAGUUUGUGUUUGAAACAAAAGAUGAAAGUUAAGUUACUAAAUAAACUCAGACUGAUAGUGUAAAUAUUUUGUAAACAUUCCAUUUAAAAUAUAUUACACACAGUUAGACAUAUGACAUAUAUUUGUGUAUAUAAAUACACGCGUGUUAAAAUAGUGACAACGAAAUUUUUGAAAAAUGGAGGAAAAAAAUGGAUGUUCCUAUAUACAAGGAUUAAUACACAGGUCCAGUUUUCCUCUAUACUUCAGUUAAAAGAUCGACGCCAACACCUCAAAACCAUAGACGUCCUUCCUGUAUCAAGGCUACGUAUAUACGUGAAUUCACAAAAUGCCGCAAUGCUUCUAGAACUUCCGGUGGCUUGCCUACACACACCAUAACAUACUUGGCAUGACCUCUUGUUUCCGGCCAUGGAACAACAAAAACUUGCAGGAGUAUAACCGUAUUAUACCGAGAGGUCUGUGAGAAAAACUGCUUUCAAUUAUUACUUUUCAUUACCAGAGACAAAUCAUAUUGUUUAACUUAAAUUAGUUGGUAAAGAACUGUCUUAUUUUUACUUAUCGCAAAUCGCUUUUGGAUUAAAGUUUUGUACAGAUGUAUGUACGUUAGUUAGUAUUAUCAUUAUGUGAAAGAGUUUCAAAUAGUCACGCGCGCUGUCAGAAGUCAACAUUUUUUAAAAAAAAAAAAAAAAAGCUUGAUAAUUGCUAACAAUGUUUAAUUGUUAUUUUAGGACAUUUAGUUUUAAAAUGUCUGGAAAUGGCCGAUAUGGAAUACACAAUGUACAAUGAAAUUUGCUAUAUUUGACAUACCACGGCGAGGAAAAUAGAUUUUGUUUGAAUUGUUUAAAUAUUAAAUGUAUUUUGUUCUAAGAAACAAAUAUAUUGUGAGGCAUGGUUUUUUAUGUCGUUUCCAGAAUCAGUAUUUGUUUGUAUAAUCCGUAGCCAUAUACAAAAACAUCUAAUAUUUUCAAGUUGGAGUCCUCUAAAAAGGGAUAUAUGUACUCUCUGUAGAAAAUUAAUUGUUUCUGGCAGACGACAUUCAUAAUUUCACAAGUAAGAACAUAUGACCGUUACAAUAUCAAUUAUGUAUAAACGAAGACCUUGUAGUGUACGUAGCGGACUUUUCAUAAUUUUGAUAAAAAAGUUAAAACUAGGAAUUAUUUUUAUGCCCCCGGCAUCUACUGAUGCGGGAGCCAUAUAGUGAUCGUCCUGUCCGUUCGUCCGUUUGUCCGUCCGUACGAGGUUAACCAAAUGGGACCGUUUCGUCUAGCAUCAAUACCCCUUACUAGAAUGACUUGAUACUAAUGCAGAUGUAACCUGUGGACACUCCUCAUCUUCAGACAUCACCUGACCUCAGUUUGACCUUGACCUUGACCUCAUUUUGGACUUAGGUUGCUUUAUAUGGGCCAUCUCUUGGUUAACCAAAUGGGACCGUUUCGUCUAGCAUCAAUGCCGCUUACAACAAUGAAUUGAUACUAAUACAGAUGUAACCUGUGACCAUUCCUCAUCUUCAAAUAACUUCUGACCUCAGUUUGACCUUGACCUUGACCUCAUUUUGGACUUAGGUUGCUUUAUAUGGGCCAUCUCCUGGGACCGUUUCAUCUAGCAUUAUUAAUACCGCUUUCAACAAUGAAUUGAUACUAGUACAGAUUAAACCUGUGACCAUUCCUCAUCUUCAAACAUUACCUGACCUCAGUGUGACCUUGACCUCGUUUUGGGCUUUGGUUGGUUUGUAUCGACAAGGAUGCCACCGGGGGCAUCAAGCGUUUAUUGAACGCAGCUCCUUGAUGUUUCAUAUGAUUGCGAAAAAAGUCUAUGAUUAAACAAUAGAUGAAAACUUCCCUACGUGAAGAAUACUUGUAUGGUUAAAUUAUUGGAGUUACUUACUGAAUGGAAUGCUAAUUUUAUAUCUCUAAUUAAAAUUGUUUAAAGUUUCACUUAGUAAAUGUAUUUCUACAUUUAAAUGAAUAGAUGUUACAAAAAAAUCAUAUUUUUACCAACAAAAGUUGGAUUUACUAGAAAAAGGGACUACGGGCUAUAUGAUAAACAGGACUUGGGUAUUAUCAGCUUACAUGUAUUAUUGUAACAUUAUAUAUACUAGUAGGUCUAUUUUUAAGGAAGAUAUUUGUUUGCUAUGUGAAUUAUAGCAGUUGCCUUCUGUAUAUACAGUUGAUAGACUAUGGUAGAUAUAUUGUCUGAAGUUAUAGCUAUUUUGUAUUAUAUAUGAACUUUUUUGAGUUUUACUAGUUAUUUUUAUUGUUUGUUUAUGAGAAGAAUACAUAUUAAUAGUAUAUAACUGUGGUUUUGAUCUAAACUUUGGUAUUAGUAUUUGCACAUCUGAGAGCAUAAAAUGCUUAAAGUGAGCUAUUGCGAUCGUCCAAUUUCCGUUCUCGUCUGGUGUCAACAACUUAAGGAACUCUUUUUAAUGAAACUUCAAAAUGUUGACCUUGAUGAAAUCUCAGACAAGAUUUCCACUAUUUCAAGUAAGUCAUAAAAAUAUGUAGAAAAAAAUGAAAACAUAAUUAAAUUUCCAGAUGCUCCAUUUUUAGCCCACCAUCAUCAGAUGGUGGGCUAUUCAAAUCACUCUGCGUCCAUGGUCCGUCGUCCUUCCGUCCGUCAGUCCGUCCUUCCAUUAACAAUGUCUCGUUAUCGCAUCUCCUCAGAAACAACCAGGGGGAUUUUGACCAAACUUUGUCAGAAUGAUGUAUUGGUACCCUAGUUGUGUCCCCCUGAAAAUCAGACUGGUUCAAUAUUUUUUAGUAAGUUAUGACCCUUUGUUUAUUUCU